AUGCCUAUUCUAUGCCUGCAAUCACUUCCGCUCGUGAUUCUCGUAAUGCUCGUGAUUCUCAAUAUGCUCAUGUCUUGCUCAAUGGGCAAAUAUGUCCCUCAGGGCCUGUCCUGCUCGAUGACGAAAGACGGGGUGCGAGGUCCGAAGAGAGAGCAAGUGACGAAUGCAUGCACGGCUUGCCGUCUGUCGAAGCUGAAGUGCAAUGGAAGACAUCCAACCUGCUACCGCUGCCACGCUCGCGACCUGGAAUGCGUAUACGACGUGUCCGAAGGCAUGACUAAACGACAGCAUCUGAACAACGAGCUGUCCGAGCAAAAGUCAGAACUGACUCAAGCAAGCGCCGUACUCCGGGUGCUCCAAUUCGGCACCGAUCAGGAGGCAACGGCGUCACUGGCUCGACUACGAAUCGGGAGUACCGUCGGACAGGAAUACCAACUUCUUCAAGCGCACAGCAAACCUUCGCUGCCUGAGGGUGUUCCGGUCCAUGUAUCCAGACAACAACGAGCGAUCAACACGACCCGCCUGCAGUCUGAGACGUUCGCACCAUGGGGCUGCCCGCCGACGACUGAAGCUUUCUCGGGUUCGCAGCAAUACGAGUGGGAUGAUUCGGCAUCUGACCAGCUUGCCGACUGGCCGCAACCGUGUCAGAUAGCGAGAGAGGACUCAUCCGGCACUGUCUACAGUGCGGUCGACAGUCCGCUCCUUGACAUGGCGCUACCCACGCCUGCCAGCGAUGGUUCACUGGAUGAUCGAAAGCCAUGCAUUGGCGGAUAG